AUUUUUGCAUCAUCAUGAUUAAUAGUUAAAACCACUCCAUCCCCAUCUUCUUCUUUUUUUCAUUCUCCUGUUUCAUCGGACAAAAUGAAUCCCCUUCACCUCCCUGGGUCUUUCUUCUUCUUCAUCAUCAUCACCUUCGCUUUGAUCCAUGCUCCUAAAUUUGCAUCCUCUGUGGAUGAAGGUUAUGUGAACUGCAACAGAGCUUUCGCCUGUGGAAACAUUGAGAAUAUUGGCUAUCCUUUCUGGGGUUCAGGCAGGCCGGACUACUGUGGCUUCCCAGGGUUCGAGCUGAACUGCAGUGAUUCUAUGCCGGAGAUCACAAUCAUGUCAGCAACAUACCAUGUCCUCGGAAUCAACAACGAGACCCGGGUUCUCACCGUGGCCAGAACCGAUUAUCUAGACAACCUCUGCCCCACCUUCCUAAUCAACACCACUCGGAAUCCUGACCUCUUUGAAUUUACUUCCGAUACUCAGGUUAUAAACCUCUAUUAUCAUUGCCCUCCUCCUCCAACUCCAAUACCAAAUGAGGAAACUGAGUUCUUCAGUAAUUUUACUUGUAAUAUAAACACAACCACCUUGUCCGGAUAUUUCCUCACCAGAAAUCUCAGUGAAUUGGCCGGCCUGGCUUCUAUUGCGACUGAAAUCAGCGCCUCCUUGGGUAGUUGCGAUAAUCUGGUUGUUCUGGCUGCAAACCAAUCCGAAAUCCAGUCUGUCGAGACAAGUCAGAAUCUGAGAUGGGAAAAUCUGAUUGAAGCUCUAGCCAAAGGAUUUGGGUUGCAGUGGAAUGCAAAUAAUAGCUUGUGUGGUCGGUGCAGAAGCUCCGGCGGGCAGUGUGGGUAUAACACAGUUUCGAAUAAGUUUUCGUGUUACUGCACAGAUCGGCCCUAUGAUACCGUUUGUCCUACUCCUACAGGUUAUGUGAACUGCAACAGAACUUUCGCCUGUGGAAACAUUGAGAAUAUUGGCUAUCCUUUCUGGGGUUUAGGCAGGCCGGACUACUGUGGCUUUCCAGGGUUCCAGCUGAACUGCGGUGACUCAAAUCCGGAGAUCACAAUCAUGUCAGCAACGUACCACGUCCUUGGAAUUAACAACGAGUCCCGGCUUCUCACCUUGGCCAUAGCCGAUUAUCUAGACAACCCCUGCCCCACCUCCCUAAUCAACACCACACUGAAUCCUGACCUCUUUGAAUUUACUCCCGAUACUCAGGAUAUAAACCUCUAUUAUCAUUGCCCUCAAAUACCAAAUCAGGACAUUGGGUCCAUCAUUAAUUUUACUUGCAAUGUAAACUCAACCAACUUCUCCGGCGUUUACCUCUACACAAACCGAUCCGAAAUCCAGUCCGUGGAGGCAAGUCCGAAUCCAAGCGGGGAAAAUCUGGUUGAAGCUCUUGCAAAAGGGUUUGGGCUGCAGUGGAAUGCAAAUAAUAGCUUGUGUGAUUGGUGCAGAGGCUCCGGCGGGAAGUGUGGAUAAUAUACGGUUUCCGAUUAGUUUUCUUGUUACCGUUUGUCCUCCUCCAACAGGUCAGUUUAUUACUUCUCCCUUUUUAGUGAUCGGCCCCAUAAUGUGCUUAUU